AUAUCUUUUUUGGUUAGCGAUUGUAUAAAAAAAUAGUUAUCCAAAACGGUUCACGUUCUGGUUAAGUUUUGGAUAAGAUUUAGCCAAGAUAUUUGACGUCGGUUAUCUUUAUCCAAAUGAAGAACGCGCUAACAAAAUGGCUGACUUUGACAUACCGAACGCUAGACGACCAAGACAAUUUCGACGAAUAGACAGAUUUACGGAAACUGACGACCCUGAAGAAAUACGACGACGAUUUAGAUUUACACCUGACAGCAUUGACCGCAUAGAACGACUGAUCGGACAUAGACUUGAGAGACCAACUGGACGGAAUCAACCCUUGACACCGAGGCAGCAAAUAUUGAUAACACUGAGAUUUUUUGCUUCUGGAAAUUUUUUGCAAUUAAUAGGGGAUACUUUUGGGGUGGACAUUGCCACGGUUUCAAGGGUAGUGACCAGAGUAACUGACGAACUGUGUGACCUGAAAGACCAAACAAUUAAAUUCCCGACGACGGACAGACAUAAAUCAAUUAUUAAACAGAAUUUUUUCAAAAUCGCUGGAUUUCCGUCUGUAAUUGCGGCGAUCGACGGAACGCACGUUCGCAUCAUUGCUCCCAAUGAACACGAGGAGCAAUAUGUGAACAGAAAGCACUAUCACAGUGUCAAUGUACAGGCAACGUGCGACCAUCGAGGUGUAUUCACCAGCAUAAAUGCCACAUGGCCUGGAAGUACUCAUGAUGCUCAUGUUUUCAGAACCUCAGUACUAUCUGAUUAUUUGGAAGCCCAUCAUCAUGGUUUGGAGGAUGGAAUUGUGUUAGGGGACAGUGCCUAUCCAUGCAGGAAGUUUCUCAUGACACCUUACCUGCAUCCUGGAUCCCCACAGCAACAGAUGUUCAAUGACGCACAUGCAAAGACAAGAAAUGUUAUCGAAAGAGCAUUCGGUGUACUGAAGCGGAGGUUUCAUGUCCUUCAUGGAGAGGUACGAAUGAAGCCGGGCAAGGUAACAAAAAUAAUUCUGGCAUGUGUAGUAUUGCACAAUCUCGCUAAGGCAUGGGGUGAGAGGGAGGCAUUCCCAGAGGAAGAAGACCCUCAACCUCCACCACUUGUCCAGCUUGAGGGUAACCCUGACGGGCAGGCUAUCAGGGAUGCAAUAACUGCAAACUAUUUCAGAUGAAGACGGACGGACAUUACAAGGCACCAUGGGUGACUUGAUCUAUGUAUGGCGUAAUAGUAUUCAGACUGAUGUACGGACAUAGACAAAACAAGUCUUAAAAAUGUGUGUUCAUUUACAUCUGAUAAAGACAAAACAAGUCUAUAAAAUGUGUGUUCAUUUACAUCUGAUAAAGACAAAACAAGUCUAUAAAAUGUGUGUUCAUUUACAUCUGAUAAAGACAAAACAAGUCUUUAAAAUGUGUGUUCAUAAAUAUAUAGUUUAAUAAUUUUGA